ACGAUAAUACUUCAUUCACGCGAUUUGCUGGAAUCUGGUCAGUCUUGGAGUGACUUUCUCCGUGUCAUAUUCUUAUCACACAAAUUCCUUAUCAACGCGAUAUUAAACGAGAGAUCGCAUCUCGAGUGGUGCAGUGCACUGGUGGACGUGGAAACGUUAAGAAACUAGAAAAAUGUCGGCGAAGGCAAUAAGAGAAGCGACCGGAAAAAAUCUAAUCAACAAACACUUACCUGGCGGUACCGCCGCUGUGCAAUGUCGCUUCGCUUCGGUCGAACCCGAAACGAAAUUUUCCGAAUUAGUGGCCACACAUCCAUGGUUGAAAAGCGAAAAGUUGGUUGUGAAACCUGACCAACUUAUCAAACGGAGAGGAAAAUUAGGUUUGAUCGCUGUCAAUAAAGAUUUAGCCGAAGUGCAGCAAUGGAUAAGCGAUCGUAUGAACAAAGAGCAAAAAAUCGGUGCCGCCACCGGCAAACUUCGCAAUUUUAUCAUCGAACCUUUUGUUCCUCACAAAGACAACGAAGAAGUCUAUGUUUGUAUUUAUUCGCACCGACAUGGCGAUACGAUCCUGUUUUAUCAUCAAGGUGGCGUUGAUAUCGGUGAUGUUGAUUCGAAAGCUGUGAAAUUGGAGGUUCCUGUGGGUGAAAGUGUCGAUGAAAAGCGCAUCACGGAGGCUUUGUUGAGUCAAGUUGAUGCGAGUAAAAAGGCGAUGAUUGCGAAUUUUGUGAAUAAUUUGUACAAGUUGUACGUUGAUUUGUAUUUUACUUAUUUGGAAAUUAAUCCAUUGGUCGUCACCCAGAAGGAGAUUUAUGUUUUGGAUUUGGCGGCUAAGUUGGACGCUACGGCUGAUUUUAUUUGUAAGCCAAUGUGGGGCGAGAUUGAUUAUCCGCCGCCGUUUGGACGUGAUGCAUAUCCAGAGGAGGCCUACAUUGCCGACCUUGAUUCAAAAUCGGGCGCCAGUCUCAAGCUCACAAUUUUGAAUAAAUCGGGACGGAUUUGGACAAUGGUGGCUGGGGGCGGCGCCUCCGUGAUUUACAGCGACACGAUUUGCGAUCUAGGGGGCGCCAAAGAGCUGGCAAAUUAUGGCGAAUAUUCGGGGGCGCCUUCCGAACAACAAACCUACGAAUAUGCCAAGACGAUUCUCUCGCUUAUGACGCAAGAGAAGCACCCCCAGGGUAAAGUUUUGAUAACUGGGGGUGGGAUUGCGAAUUUUACAAAUGUGGCGGCGACUUUUCGCGGUAUUAUCACCGCUUUGGUGGAGUUCCAACAACGUUUGAUCGAGCACAAAGUCUCGAUUUUCGUCCGGAGAGCUGGACCGAAUUAUCAAGAGGGCUUGCGGCGGAUGAGGGAGGUUGGCCAGACUUUGGGGAUUCCCCUGUACGUGUUCGGGCCUGAGACACACAUGACGGCCAUUUGUGGCAUGGCGCUGGGCACGCGCCCCAUUCCACAGGAGAAUAACGUUGAAUUUGCAACGGCUAAUUUUUUGCUGCCCAGUGGUGAGAAAGAGCCGAAUAAGAAGAGUUUGGGGGUGGAAGGGGUGGAUGGGGGGGUGGCGGCUGCCGCCGCUUGCAGUAGGAAAAUACAAGAUGUCACACCAAACCAAGUAGUGCACGUAGAAAUCCCACAGAAUUACAAAAAGGGCGACUCAUUGGGCGUCCAAACACCCAUGUUUACCAACAAAACGAAAUCAAUCGUUUGGGGAAUGCAAACACGAGCCGUGCAAAGCAUGCUUGAUUUCGACUUCGUGUGCAGUCGGCCGGAACCGAGCGUUGUCGCCAUUAUCUAUCCAUUUACCGGGGAUCACAAGCAGAAAUUCUAUUGGGGACAUAAGGAAAUUCUAAUUCCAGUUUAUAAAAAAAUGAACGACGCUAUGACGAAGCAUCCCGAAGCCGACGUCCUUGUCAACUUCGCGUCGCUUCGUUCCGCUUAUCAAAGCACCGUCGAAACGAUGGAAUUCCCCCAAAUCCGAACAAUCGCGAUCAUUGCCGAAGGCAUCCCCGAAAAUCAAACCCGCAAACUGAUCAAACUAGCCAAUGAGAAGAAGGUUGCAAUUAUUGGACCUGCCACAGUGGGCGGAGUCAAGCCAGGGUGUUUCAAAAUUGGCAACACUGGCGGAAUGAUGGAUAAUAUUCUACAUUCGAAAUUGUACCGCUCUGGAAGUGUGGCUUAUGUUUCAAGGUCAGGUGGGAUGUCCAAUGAGCUUAAUAAUAUUGUAUCGAAAGCCACCGAUGGUGUGUAUGAGGGCGUGGCCAUAGGCGGGGAUAGGUAUCCCGGUACCACCUUCAUGGACCAUAUUAUGCGUUACCAAGGCGAUGAGAACGUCAAAAUGAUUAUUUUAUUGGGCGAAGUGGGCGGAGUUGAAGAGUAUGAAGUCUGCAACGCCCUUAAGAAUAAAAUUAUUACCAAACCGUUAGUGGCCUGGUGUAUUGGGACCUGUGCGGGCAUGUUCACCUCCGAAGUCCAAUUCGGCCACGCCGGCUCUUGCGCCAACUCGAACCAAGAAACAGCAACGGCCAAAAACGAGGCCUUAAAGGCUGCCGGUGCCCACGUCCCAGCCUCCUUUGAUUACCUCGGCGAGGUGAUUCAAGAAGUUUACGAAAAGCUGGUAAUACAGGGCGUGAUAAUCCCACGUGCGGAAGUGCCGCCACCUACCGUCCCGAUGGACUACUCGUGGGCACGUGAACUGGGCCUAAUUCGCAAACCGGCCAGUUUUAUGACGUCAAUUUGUGACGAAAGAGGCCAAGAAUUGAUCUAUGCAGGCAUGCCAAUCUCCGACGUUUUACAAAAAAAUGUAGGCAUUGGUGGUGUGAUUUCCCUGUUGUGGUUCCAGCGUUGUUUACCAACUUAUGUUUGCAAAUUUUUCGAAAUGUGUCUGAUGGUGACGGCCGAUCAUGGGCCUGCGGUCUCUGGGGCCCAUAACACGAUUGUGUGUGCACGUGCUGGCAAAGAUCUGGUCUCGAGUCUUGUGUCUGGGCUGUUGACCAUUGGGGACCGGUUUGGGGGCGCGCUAGAUGGCGCUGCCAAGCAGUUCAGUGAGGCGUAUGACACGGGCAUGCACCCGGCCGAGUUUGUUAACCAUAUGAGGAAUAAAGGACAGUUGAUUAUGGGGAUAGGGCACAGGGUCAAGUCUAUUAAUAAUCCAGAUCAAAGGGUGAAAAUUGUCAAGGAGUUCGUGAUGGCGAAUUUCCCGGCGACGCCACUGCUGUUGUACGCCUUGGAAGUGGAGAAGAUCACAACGAGCAAAAAACCGAACUUGAUUCUGAACGUUGAUGGGGUGAUUGCAUGCUCGUUUGUGGACAUGCUGCGGAAUUGUGGCAGUUUUACCAGUGAGGAGGCUCAAGAGUACAUAAAUAUUGGCGCAAUUAACUCCCUUUUCGUGCUGGGGCGCUCGAUAGGGUUCAUUGGCCACUUCAUGGACCAGAAGAGGCUGAAGCAAGGGUUGUACAGACACCCAUGGGAUGAUAUUUCCUACGUACUUCCAGAGCAAUAUAACAACUAAGUUAUUUGGUUUAAGUUUUUAUUAAUUGCUGGUUUAAUUCGCGUGAGUUUUGUGUUGUCUCAAUCAUUUUGACUAAAUCUUUUCCUUAAUUUAUUAAUGGAUAUUUAUAUUUUUAUAUUUAUAUUAAGACGUUUCCUUGUGAUUUCACAGUUAGGUAAGAGUGUGUCUUAUGUACUGUCAAAAAUAAAGUUACGAUAAGUCAGUG